CUGCCAUGAAGUCGCUACGGAUGAGUAAGGAUGGCAGACACCAGCAGCAGCAGCAGGAUAGGAAGGUGUCCGGCUCGGAGGACGACGAGGAGAACACCAUUUGCAGUGGAGCGGCCAUCAAGCGUAGUGUGGUCUACUAUUUGAAGAACACCACACUCCACGGACUGAAGUACAUAGCGGAGGAGAGCAUCACAAUCCCGGAACGCGUUUUCUUCGGCAUUGCCUUUCUUGUGGUGGUGAUCCUGUCCGGUUUCUUCAUCUCCAACGUGUACUCCAAGUGGAGCGCCUCGCCCAUCAUCAUCUCGACGAGCGCCAAGCAGAAGCUGACCAGCAACAUGCCCUUCCCGGCCAUCACCAUCUGCAAUCUGAACCAGGCGCUCUACAGCAAAGUGGACAGCAUAUCCAGGACCAGCACCAACUUCUCCCUGCUGAUGGGAUUGUGUGAUCAGGGUGCCGACACCAGUAUCUCCUACAUCGGCACCUGGAAGUACUUCAAAGCGAUCCUCGUGGAGGUGGCUCAGCCCUGCGAGAAAAUGCUUCUAUAUUGUAGCUUUGGCUCCCGGCAGGAGGACUGUGCGCUGCUGUUUAACUCGAUCCUGACGGACGAUGGCCUGUGCUGUAAUUUUAAUGCCCUGGAUCCGUCCUAUCUCAUCCGGAACUAUAGCGACGAUGUCCGGUGGGAGCCGGCACAGCCGAAUAUGCGUUACGAGCCCAUCGAUUGGACGCCGGAGAAGGGCUAUGCCCGCAAACUGCCCGAGUUCUAUUAUCCACGUACGUCCGGUGGUACCGGCAUACGAAUGGGUCUCACUGUCGUUCUAAAUGCCUCUAUAGCGGAGUACUACUGUACCAAGUCCAUGAGCGUGGGUUUCAAGGUCCUUGUCCAUAAUCCCGCCGAACUACCAAAAGUGAGCAACUACGGAUUUGUAGUCACCGCCGGACGGGAAGCUCGGAUACCCAUUGAACCCGUAUACGAAGAUGCCCUCCCGAGCAUUCGAUCCAUUAAGAAAUCGGUGCGCCGCUGCCUCUUUUCGGAUGAAAACGAAUUGAUAUACUACCGGACGUAUUCUCGGAAAAACUGUGAACUGGAGUGCGAGGCGAAGCUCCUGCUCAGGGAGUGCAGUUGUGUCCUUUACUACCUGCCCCGGAUCGAUCCGAUGGCGAGGGUGUGCGGUCCGAAUGAUAAUCUAUGUACGGAUCGGGUGCAAACGGAGAUCGAGUCCUCGCUGACGAACCUGUCCUGCGAAAGCUGCUGGCCCGGAUGCUUCGAACUCACCUACAAGGCCACACCGUCGACGGCGUCGAUCGUCACGGAUCCUCGUUUCAUGGCUGGGGAGAAUAUGCCGGACUAUCUGUUCCAUGGCCCGUACAGCAAUGCCAGCGAGAUGUCCAUUUUGCAUUUCUAUUACAUGACGAACAUAUUCCGCAGCACCACCAAGUCGGAAAUGUUCGGUUUCACCGAGUUCCUAUCCAAUACUGGUGGCCUGCUGGGGCUCUUCAUGGGCUUUAGCAUCUUCUCCGUCAUCGAGAUCGUUUACUACAUCACUGUCCGGCCGUAUUGCGCUUCCCGGACUCUCAAGCAGCAGCACAACCGCCGCCUGGAGCAGCUGGGCUGGCUGACUCCCAUCCGGCCGCCGGUCCGCAAGCUCAUCCGUCGCCAUCGCUGGGCCGGCCUGCCUCCUCCGUCCUACAGUGAGGUCUACAAGCGGAGCUUCAGUCGCAAGAAGGAUAAACCGGAAACUGGACGAACCGGAAAGCUGCAGAAGAAGAGUUUUUGGCAAACUCUGCAAGUCCGUCCGGCGGAAAUGAAAACGCCGGAGUAUCCUUACAUGGAGUGAGUUUUAUAAUUUAAAAAAUAUAUUUUAUAGUAUUUUAAUUUUUUGCAUUUUUAAAUAAGUAUAUGUGUAAUAGAAUUUAAGGCCUUAAAUCAUCCAAGUACCUUAAAAAUUAAGUUUAUUAAUAAAUUAUUAACAUUAAAAGAUCUGUUAGAUGUCUGGACUAUAUUUU